AUGCCAAUAAAUACUGCAAAAGGAAUUUCAAAAGCUUCUAAGCCCGUCAACCAUCCAUGUACCGUUGAACCUUGUGAACCUGGAUGUGAAACUGAUCUUGAAGGUGUUACAUCUCUCAGCAAUCCAACCAAAUCUGAUAAAAGUAAAUCAGUAAAAUCAAAAUCUAUGAAAUCUGAUCAUCCUUGUAGCGUUGAAGCAUGCCAACCUGGUUGUGCAUCUGAAGCUGAAAGUUCAUCUUUAAAUUUGAAGACAAAGUCAAAAGCUGCACCAUCCAGGAAAUCUGCUGCUGAAGACAAAUUGAGUAGAAGUUUAAGUGAAUCUGAACCCAAAUCGCAGAAAACUAACGUUCAGGAAAAGCCAUCUGAAGCUGCAGAAAAGGAAUCACAACAUGCCAAUGUUCAACAAGCUAACGUUGGGAACACUGCACAAUACGCUGGUGCCCAGGCAAAUACAAAUGAAGCUGCUGGGAAUAAAUUACAAUAUGCUGGUGCUCAACAAGCUUAUGCUGGAAAUAAAGCACAAUAUGCUGGUGUUCAAGAACAAGCAGACCAGGCUUAUUCUUCAAGAAAUGCACAUCAUGAUGGUGUUCAAGAAACUUAUGCCGGAAACAUGGCAAAUCGUGCUCCUGCUCAGGGACAAGUAGAUGAAGCACACGCACCAAGCAACGCACAAUAUGCUGCUGCUCCAUCUUAUGCUCCAAGUAGUGCUCAGUAUGCUGGUGUUCAACAAUCUUAUGCACCAAAUACAGCAAGCUACGCUGCUGCUGAUCAAUCUUAUGCGCCAAGCAACGCACAAUAUUCUGAUACUCAACAAUCUUAUGCACCAAGCACUGCUGCUGCUGCUCCCGCUUAUGCACCAAAUAGUGCACAGUAUGCUGCUGCUCAACAAUCUUAUGCACCAAAUACAGCAAACUACGCUGGUGUUCAAGAUCAAGCUAAGGAAGCUUAUGCACCAAGCAAUGCACAGUACGCUGCUGCUGAUCAAUCUUAUGCACCAAGCAAUGCACAAUAUGCUGCAACUAAAGCUUACGCACCAAGCAAUGCACAGUAUGCUGCAAAUAGAGCACGAUAUGCUCGUGGCUUGGAAGAAACAGACGAAAGUUACGCUCCAAAUAAAUCAAAGUAUGCUGGGACGCAACAAUCUUAUGAUGCUGACAGUGCACAAUAUGCUUCUGGUUAUGCCCCAGGCAGAGCACAAUUAGCUAGAAAUCAAGAGCCGGUAGAUCAAGCUUAUGCUGGUCAAUCAAAUUUUGCAGGUGCUCAGCUUUCUUAUGGUCCUAGCAAAGCACACUAUGCUGGUGGUCCACAACUAGCAGACGAUUCUUAUUCUCUGAACAAUUCAAAUUUCGCUGGUGUUCAGCAAGCUUAUGCUGGAAACAACGCACAAUACGCAGCAGCUCCAAGUAAAUCAAACCACGCCGGAGUGCAACAAGCUAACGCACCGAUCAGAGCUCAUUAUGCUGGUGUCCAAGAUUACGCAACCGAUUCCUAUGCUCCAAAUCAAUCAAAUUAUGCUGGUGUUCAACAAGCUUAUGUUGGAGGCAGAACUCAGUUUGCUAGUAAUGUUCAAGAAGGUGCAGAAGAACCUUAUUCCCGAAGCAGAACAAAUUAUGCUGGUGCCCAAUAUGGUAAUGCUCGGAAUAGAACGAAUUACGCUGGUGUUCAACAGGCUCAUGCUCCAAGUCAAUAUGCUGCAGCUCAAGGUCCAUCUGACGACAGUUAUAGUGCAAACUAUGCUGGAACUCAACAAGCUCACGCUCCAAGUCAAUAUGCUGCAGCUAAAGGUCCAUCUGACGACAGUUAUGCUGCAAAUUAUGCUGGUGUUCAACAAGCUCAUGCUCCAAGUCAGUAUGCAGCUGCUAAAGGGCCAUCUGACGACAGUUAUGCCGGAAACCAAAUGAAUUAUACUGGCGCUCAACAAGCAUAUGCUCCAAGUCAGUAUGCUGCAGCUAAAGGGCCAGCUGAUGAAAGUUAUGCUGGAAACCAAAUGAAUUAUGCUGGCAAUGCGCAAUAUGCUGGAAUUCAGCAACAGGUAGAUGAAUCUUAUGCUCCUAAUAUGUCAAAUGCUGCUGCUGGAAAUACUGCACAGUAUGGUGGUGUUCAAGAACCGACAGACAAAGCUUAUGCACCAAGUAACUUAAAUUACGCAAAUGUUUCACCAACCGAAGCUGCAAAUACUGCACAAUAUGCUGAUGUUCAAAAGAAAACUGAUGAAGCUUCAAGCAAAACGAAAUCAGCUGCUGGUCAAGACAAAGCUUAUGAACCUUCUGUUAGUAAAUCAAAAACGAAAUCAAAGCCUGUGGAUCAUCCAUGUAGUCGUCAACGUUGUCCACCUGGAUGUGAUUCUGACGAUGAAAGUGAAGCUGACAUUGCACAAGAUUCAAAUAAAGACGAGGCUGGAAAUGCAACCAAAUCAAUUGCAAAAGACAAAAAAUCAUCUCAUCCAUGCAGUGUCAAAGUAUGCCGUCCAGGAUGCACUUCAGAUGCGGACCCAGAAGUCAAGCCAAAGCAACAGAAAUCAAAGUCAGCCACUGGACAUCCAUGUACUGCAAAAUCUUGUAAACCAGGAUGUGAAAGUGACGAAUGA